AUGGACUGGUUGCUGAUGAACGUAAAUGUCUGCCCUCCGCAAAUUUCAAGGUUCAGAAAGGGCCGCAGCAGCAUCGACAACGUGAUGAGCCUUGUCAGCUACGUAAAACUCGACAAAGCUACACGCAACAUCACUAUUGGCGUAUUCCUCGACAUCAAAGGAGCGUUCGGUAACGUUACUCUCGAGGCUAUUUUAAACGCUCUGAAGUUCGUUAUAGUUGUUGGUCGUAUGUACCGCUGGAUGUCAGACUACCUCAUUGAUCGACCCAUCACGGCCGGUGAAGUCGGGUGUUUUAUGAGCCACUACAACAUCUGGAAAGACAUGAUCGAGAAUCAGCACCGCAUCGCCCUUAUCUUCGAGGAUGACAUCCGGUUCGAGCCCUAUUUUCGGACAAAAAUAGGGGAGCUUCUGGCCGAAGUUCGCCACCUGGACUGGGAUCUCAUAUACCUGGGCCGCAAGCGCCUCUCGGGAUCCAAGGAGCCUCUGGUGACGGGCUCCUCCCGGCUUGUCCACGUGGACUACUCCUAUUGGACCCUGUGCUACGCUCUGACGCUAUCUGGCGCCCGCAAACUUGUUGACGCCAACCCAUUGCCCCGCAUGGUGCCCGUCGACGAGUAUCUGCCUAUCAUGUUCGACAAGCAUCCCGAGAAAGCUUGGGCUGCCCACUUCCCUCGGCGUGACCUCAAGGCCUUCUCCGUGCACCCUCUGUUUGUGCACCCAACGCACUACACUGGCGAGGACCACUACAUCAGCGACACCGAGGACUCGGUGGUGGUAGACGCGCUAAACGCUACCGGCUCCGAUCAUGGUGCGGACAGCGUUCUGCCUCCUGCCGACGUAGCCAGCGAGCCCCAAGCUACGAGGGAUGAGCUCUGAAGACGCGCGCCCGCGCUUUUAAUUGCCGUCAAGGCGAUACCUAACCAUGGUCCACGUGUGCAUGUGACAGGGAUUCACACCUAAGGGGCAUUUACUGCUUCACCGUUACCGCUCCACCGUUACCGUUACACGUCAAGCGUGAUGCCAGCUUCGCGCGCGCUGAAGCUGCACCGUGUCGUGCGUCGGCAUCUGGCCGGGACGGUAAACGUAGCGAUAGAGCGGUAUCGAUGUUGCUACAGCACUAUGUUAAGGGGAUGCCAUCUGUGUGGCAGCGGUGGCAGCCUCCCUCGAUAGGCAAACGCGCCAACAGCGCAAACGCGGCCGGAUUUACUCGUAACAAUUGCCUGGAACUGAGCGAAGUGUUACUGUGGGCUGGUUGUAUACUUGUAAUGCUUUUAUACUAGGGCGACGAGUUGGAA